AUGAUACGGGGCUCGAACUCAAAAACCAUGAGAUCAUGCAGACACUUGACUGAUUGAACCAGUAGGCGCCCCAUUGUAUGAACUUUUUACGUAAUGAGAGCUGUUUUUCCUAUUUUGCUUUAAACACUUUUCCCUAGCUCUUUGCCUUUCUAAAAUUCCGUAAGUGCACGUGGGCAAGUGUGGGUGUGCUGGCGUUCUUCUUUACCAGUGAGUCUUGCAGGAUGACCAAGUUUUAGAAGGUGCAGUAUAACCAAGAGAAGGAAGUCCGUUAGAAAGCUGAGCAUACUUUCUUCCUCUGUUUCAGUGGAGCUGCCCGUGGAUUAUUUCAGAAUCCCUGUCAUUGUUGUGUCAGGUGAUAAGCCUGUCUGUCUGCGGGAAGGAUUGCUGCUUAGGGAGAAUACAGCAACUGGGAUCUAGUCCUGACUCAACUGUUGUCUAGACAUGCGCCUUGGAUGCGGGCUCUCUAACCUCAGCGUCUUCAUCUUUGAGAUUUUUGGAAGUCCCAGCACAGUGACACUUCCCGAAACCUUGUUGUUUGUGUCAACCCUGGAUGGAAGCUUGCAUGCUGUCAGUAAGAGGACGGGCUCAAUCAAAUGGACUUUAAAAGAAGAUCCGGUUCUGCAGGUUCCCACGCAUGUGGAAGAGCCUGCCUUCCUCCCAGAUCCCAAUGAUGGCAGCCUGUAUACACUUGGGGGUAAGAAUAAUGAAGGCCUGACGAAACUUCCCUUUACCAUCCCAGAGCUCGUACAGGCAUCCCCAUGCCGAAGUUCAGAUGGAAUUCUCUACAUGGGUAAAAAGCAGGACAUUUGGUAUGUUAUUGAUCUUCUGACCGGGGAGAAGCAGCAGACUUUGUCAUCGGCCUUUGCAGACAGUCUCUGCCCAUCAACCUCUCUGCUGUAUCUCGGGCGAACAGAGUACACAAUCACCAUGUACGACACCAAAACCCGCGAGCUCCGGUGGAAUGCCACCUACUUCGACUACGCGGCCUCACUGCCGGAGGACGACGGGGACUACAAGAUGUCCCACUUUGUGUCCAACGGCGAUGGGCUGGUGGUGACCGUGGACAGUGAAUCUGGCGACGUCCUGUGGAUCCAAAACUACGCUUCCCCUGUGGUGGCCUUUUAUGUCUGGCAGCGGGAGGGUCUGAGGAAGGUGAUGCACAUCAACGUCGCAGUGGAGACGCUGCGCUAUCUGACCUUCAUGUCUGGGGAGGUGGGCCGCAUCACCAAGUGGAAGUACCCGUUCCCCAAGGAGACGGAGGCCAAGAGCAAGCUGACGCCCACCCUGUAUGUCGGGAAAUACUCUACCAGCCUGUAUGCCUCCCCCUCCAUGGUGCACGAGGGGGUCGCUGUUGUGCCCCGGGGCAGCACACUUCCUUUGCUGGAAGGCCCCCAGACUGACGGGGUCACCAUUGGGGACAAAGGGGAGUGUGUGAUCACGCCCAGCACAGACCUAAAGUUUGACCCUGGGCUCAAAGGGAAGAGCAAGCUCAACUACUUGAGGAACUACUGGCUUCUGAUAGGACACCAUGAAACCCCCCUGUCUGCGUCUACCAAGAUGCUGGAGAGAUUCCCCAAUAAUCUGCCCAAACAUCGAGAAAAUGUGAUUCCUGCCGAUUCAGAGAAGAAGAGCUUUGAGGAAGUUAUCAACCUGGUCGAGCAGACUUCAGAAAACGCGCCCACCGCCGUUUCACAGGAAGUGGAGGAGAAGUUCGAGCAUGCCCCCGCUAAGCCCGAGGCCCCCGUGGACUCUGUGCUGAAGGACAUAGCCACCAUCAUCCUGAGCACCUUCCUGCUCAUCGGCUGGGUGGCCUUCAUCAUCACCUACCCCUUGAGCAUGCAUCAGCAGCAGCAGCUCCAGCACCAGCAGUUCCAGAAGGAACUAGAGAAAAUCCAGCUCCUGCAACAGCAGCAGCUGCCCUUCCAUCCCCCUGGAGACGUGGCUCAGGAUGCUGAGCUCCUGGACUCGUCCGGCCUGUACUCAGAGAGCUCGGGCACCAGCAGCCCCAGCACAUCCCCCAGAGCCUCCAACCACUCGCUCCACUCCAGUGGCUCUGCCUCCAGGGCUGGUGCCAGCCCCUUCCUGGAGCAGGACGAUGAAGAUGAGGAAACCAGCAUGGUGAUUGUUGGGAAGAUCUCAUUCUGUCCCAAGGACGUGCUGGGCCACGGAGCUGAGGGCACGAUUGUGUACCGGGGCAUGUUCGACAACCGCGACGUGGCCGUCAAGAGGAUCCUCCCCGAGUGUUUCAGUUUCGCGGACCGUGAGGUCCAGCUACUUCGGGAAUCAGACGAGCACCCCAACGUGAUUCGUUACUUCUGCACGGAGAGGGACCGGCAGUUCCAGUACAUUGCCAUCGAGCUGUGUGCGGCCACCCUGCAGGAGUACGUGGAGCAGAAGGACUUUGCCCACCUCGGCCUGGAGCCCAUCACCUUGCUGCAGCAGACCACCUCGGGCCUGGCCCAUUUGCACUCCCUCAACAUUGUUCACAGAGACCUGAAGCCCCACAACAUUCUCCUGUCCAUGCCCAACGCACAUGGCAGGAUCAAGGCCAUGAUCUCUGACUUUGGCCUCUGCAAGAAGCUGGCUGUGGGCAGGCACAGUUUCAGCCGCCGCUCAGGAGUGCCUGGCACAGAAGGCUGGAUCGCUCCGGAGAUGCUGAGCGAGGACUGUAAGGACAAUCCCACCUACACAGUGGACAUCUUCUCUGCGGGCUGUGUCUUUUACUACGUGAUAUCUGAGGGCAGCCACCCUUUUGGCAAGUCCCUGCAGCGGCAGGCCAACAUCCUCCUGGGCGCCUACAGCCUCGACUGCUUACACCCGGAGAAGCACGAAGACGUCAUUGCCCGGGAAUUAAUAGAGAAGAUGAUCGCAAUGGAUCCUCAGAAACGGCCCUCUGCGAAGCAUGUGCUGAAGCACCCGUUCUUCUGGAGCCUGGAAAAGCAGCUCCAGUUCUUCCAGGACGUGAGUGACCGAAUAGAAAAGGAAUCCCUGGACGGCCCGAUAGUGAAGCAGCUGGAGCGAGGCGGGAGAGCCGUGGUGAAGACGGACUGGAGAGAGAACAUCACCGUCCCCCUGCAGACAGAUCUGCGUAAAUUCAGAACCUAUAAAGGUGGCUCUGUCCGCGACCUUCUCCGAGCCAUGAGAAACAAGGCCUGCUCAGUGUUUUGGAUGAAGCCACUGUAGUGUGCUCAUUGGGUUUGCCUGCUGGCAACACAAACCCGGAAAGAGUGACGAAUCACCCAACGCAAUUCAGGGCCCAAUUCAAGAUUCCAGAAGAUCUCGAGAAACUGGAAUGCCAAGCCCAAACCCCAAGGAUGAUGGGAAGCCCUGCCUUGACAUUACAACGGGGUUGGGGGAGGAGAGCAGAGCCCUGAGGAGCUUGGAAACUGUCACAGACCCUUGAAACAAGAGCUGUCGUGGCCUCAGACAUCUGUCACGUGAUGAGAAACUGGCUUUGCAGUCUCGCCCCGGAGGGUUCAAGCUAGCCCAGUGGGGAGCAUAUUCCGGACGGGAUGUUGAGCUGCCCAACGGUGCCAAAGGAGGCUUGGCAAGUGAGUGAGCGCUGGGUCUCUGGAGGAAUCCAGCAGAAGGGAAAGGCCUCAUCCUGAACAGAUUGGGAAGAAAUUCUUCCUUGGGUCACGGGCUGGACUCUGGUCCCUUCCAAAUAAGCAUCUAUGACUAAGACCCACCUCUUGCAGUGAUGCGCUCCUGGAAAACACUGCCUGACCGGGUAUGAAUCACAGGGAGCAGGGAGUGGAGGCCUGCAGGAGA